AACUACUGAUUUCCGGUUCAACAUUUUUAUUUUCCAUUUCAACUUUUGAAGAGGUAGAAGAUGACGGUUAUGUCAUUCAUGGCCUAUCUUUUAUUUCGCCUUGUUCUCUGGAGAAGUAUGGUGCGUAUACAGACAACGGCACUGUCUGUAUACGUAAUGUCAAAUUUUGCUAAGAUACUCUUUCCACUGCGUUCGUAGUGUUUUAACAACAUUUUGAAUAACUUUACUAUGAAUGUUAUAUUCGAUUUCGAUUGAAUCUUUGCCUGUUGCGGCUACAUGAAAAGGGAGGCACUCAUAUAUUAGGCUGUGCAGGACUGUCACAAUCCAUUACAUACUCAUAGGACAUGCCCCACUUAAAACUCGAUAAACCGGUUCUUCAUGUACCAGUCCUGUGCGCAACUUACCUAGUCUCUGUGUGAAGACAACAAGUACUGUGACUUGCAUAUGGAACACAUACUGUGCUACAAUACCACAGCUUAGAUCAGUAGUAUGGCAUCCACGUAAGUGUUUUGGAACCUUGUACUACCGAAGGACGGUCGUAAACGAACUACUUGUUGCAACAUGGCGAAGCGGACAUCUAUCUGCAAUGUACUGUUGAGACACUGGAAAGCCAUCAUACUUCUUGUGACACCUGUGAUCUUCAGUCCACUGCCUAUCCACUUUUCUUCAACAGAAAACAGCAAGAUCGCUGCCUGUGGGUAUGCUGUGAUCAUCAUGGCGGUGUACUGGGCCUCUGAAGCUCUGCCGCUCCCCGUGACGGGCCUUCUUCCCAUCUUCCUCUUCCCCAUGCUGGGGAUCCAGUCAGCGAGGGACGUCUCCGUCAACUACGCAAAGGAUGCCAUCUUUCUCCUGAUCGGUAGUGUGAUGUUUGCGAUAGCCAUAGAACGGUGGAACCUUCACAAGAGGAUAGCGCUGAGGGUGCUGCUGACUGUGGGGGUUGAGCCAAAACGGCUGAUGUUGGGGAUGAUGUCAGCGACAGCGUUUUUGUCCAUGUGGAUCAACAACACGGCAACAACUGCCAUGAUGGUUCCCACUGUAGAGAACAUCACUGGUGGGAUUCCCACCGACGACGAGUCAGAUCCUCGGGAGAAACAUACCCUAAUGCAGAAGACAGAUGAGAAAACAGGUCUGCUGUCGGCAGGGGCGUCUGGAAGAGGGGCUUACAGGAAACCUGAGGACUUAGUGAGAAUAGUUGAAUAUGAUGACGCUGAGGACAAGACACAAGAUGAGCCGUUAUUUUUAAAUGAAGAAUCAGAUGGUAGAUCAAGAGAACAGGCAGACAGGAUGGCUAAGGGACUGUUACUGUGUAUCUGCUACGCCGCCAACAUCGGAGGCAUCGCUACUCUGACCGGGAGCAGCACCAACAUCCUGGCUGUUGAAGUUAUUGAAGCACUUUACCCCGAGAGCAAAGGCAUCGAUUUUGCCACCUGGUUUUUCUUCGGCUUCCCGACGAUGCUUCUGAUCCUCAUCGUGGCCUAUAUCUACCUACUGUGGCUGUUUCUGGACUGCAGUUGCCUGUUGGGCUGCAGAAAGCGAUGCAGAGAACACUGGAUGAGAAACCAGAGCAGCGCCGCCUAUCUGGUCGUCAAGAAACAGUACAACGAGCUGGGGCCCGUGUCGUUCGCUGAGAAAGUUGUACUGUUUCACUUCGUCCUGUUGGUGCUCCUGUGGUUUUUCCGGGACAUGAAGUUUCUACAUCUAGAGAACGGACAGGCAGCCGGCUGGACCUACUACUUCUUACGGGGCUAUGUAACAGACGCAUCCACCGUUAUGAUGAUCAUCAUUUCCCUAUUCUUCUGGCCAUCGAGGCCUCCAAACUUUAUGUGUUGCAGAAAUAGAGAAGAUACAGAAGCCUCCGAGCCAGCUCCGUCUAUUUUAGACUGGGAAACAGUCCACCAGAAGAUGCCGUGGGGACUUGUUUUUCUCAUAGGGGGAGGUUAUGCCCUUGCAGAUGGAAUCGAGGUCUCAGGACUGUCCGUUUUGCUGAGCCGACUGUUCAAGUCAGCCUCUGGGUUCCUCCCCGUGACGCUGGUCCUCAUCGUCACGACUCUUGUGGCCUUCGUGACGGAGUUAAUCAGCAACGCGCCGGUCGCUGCCAUCGCCCUCCCCAUCCUCGCAAACCUGGCGGAGGGCAUCUGUAUCCACCCCUUUCACCUGUUGGUUCCGGCCACCAUUGCCAGCGCCUUUGCCUUCAUGUUACCAGUAGCGAGUCCACCGAAUGCCAUCGUCCUUCAAAGCGACAAGAUCCAACUAUAUGAUAUGGUGAAGAGCGGCUUCUUGUUAAACAUUAUCGGCAUCCUGGUGUUGAAUAUCGCCAUCGGCACGUACGGGUUCCCGCUGUACGGUCUGGACACCCUCCCUCCCUGGGCUAAGGCACACCGAUUCUGUAACAACACUCUCACAACGGUAGCGACUUCAACAUCGGCGCUUCUCAAUUCCACACUAGUUCCAGAUGUAUGACAAACGUUUAGAAGUAAAUUGUAAUGUAGUUUUUUUGUUGUAAAUAUUUUGUAAUUUUCUUGUAAGGGAUUAUGUCAACUCUUCUCAAUUCCACCCUCGAUUCCAGUUGUAUGACAAACGUUUAGAAGUAAAUUGUAAUGUAGCUUUUUCGUUGUAAAUAAUUUGUAAUUUUCUUGUAAGGGAUUAUAUGAAUGUCAACUCUUCUCAAUUCCACCCUGGAUUCCAGUUGUAUGACAAACUUUUAGAUGUAAAUUUUUUAAUGUAGUUUUUUUGUAAAUAAUUUGAAAUUUCUUGUCAGGGAUUAUACGUCACAGCAUUGAACUUUCAUUGUAAUAUAAUAAUCCAUUAUUCUUGACUCAACGUUGGAUACAAAAAUUAUAAAAUUUUACUGAAACAACUAGAAUAACAACAUGACUCAAAACAAUGCAUUUGUUUGUCUUUAUAUAUUUUGUUACACAGACCCGUACAUACUUAAUACAUGAUAUUGCCGUAUAGAGUAGAAACUCAUUAUGUGUUGUUGCAUAGGAUAAUAUAAGAAACAAAUUAGUUAUCAAAGCGAUGAUGGUAUUAGACAAACACAACAAAUGAAAACUUGACAAAAUCCGAGUUUUAAAACACAGUCACAUAAUUAUUUCACUCAAAACAUUAUGGAAAAACAGUGUUAUGUCAAUUACCCUGUAGCUCUCCAUCAGAAAAAUAUAUUCACCAAUGUUACAUUAAAAUAUACCUAACAAUGUUUAACGCUUUCUGUUAGACAAAAUCCACCAACAUGAUUACAUUUUCCCUUAUAAAAAUAAUCUGUAAUGACUGGCUCGUACACAUUCAUUACGUCUGUCCUUAGCAAAAAUAAUCUCCAAUUUAACAUUAUAAAAAGUAUGUUAAAUUUUUAAUCCUUACUUGUUACCCCUCACCAUUAUAAUUGUCUUCAAAACAUGAUUGUCAACAUGCUUCUCAUUGCAAAAAUGAAUUCUGACAUUAUUAUAUAAAAUAUGUCACAUUUCUAGAUUCUUGAUUUUGAAAGACAUGAUAAUAACUGAGCUGUAUAUCAAUCAUAUACAAGUA